AAGAUGUGAGAUCGUAUUGUUUCUUCUACCCGAAGAAGUUGUUGAUUUCAUAAUUUUGAUAAUGAAAUUAUUCUGGAGUAUCAACUGAAAUCAUACAUUACACGAAAUCAGAAGCCGUGGUAGAAAAUGGCGACAGUUCAGGCGGUUUUAGGUAAUUUGACGGCGGGAGAACGCCAUGUUCUGACUGCGGUGAACUCUGGAGCCUCUACUCUAUCACUGUUAGGUUCUGGAUUCAUAGUGCUUUGCUACGUGUGUUUUAAAGAACUCCGCAAGUUCUCCUUCAAGCUCGUUUUCUUCCUCGCUCUUUCA